CGCGUCAACUUCGAAACGAACGACACAUGCUCUCUCGGCAGCAUCGGGCGCGAUCGCAGCUAAAUUCCCCACUAAAUGCACCUCAAUUCGGUUAAGUUCAUUUUUGGCCACAAUUCGAUGGAUAUCGCGACUAUGAGUUCUUAAUUGAGUUAAGCGCAAAGGAAAACCCAUCCUAAUUGGCAUCAAAUUCAAUUAGUCGGUCGGCAGUGAAUAUGCAAAGAGUUUAGAGACAAGAAAUACUCCCCGAAAUAUUCCCUCUCGCCAGUGAAAGCGAAAGCCUAACUUUUGGAUUAGCCGUGCAGCCUUCUGUAAGAAUAAUUGCAAACACUUGAAUUAUGGGCUUGGAAAAACAUUACCUGCGAUAUGGACGCACCGCUAGAGAUCACAUCCUUGACUGGGCCACCUGUGGGCGUAAUCGACGGCAGCAGCAACAUCAACAGCAGCAUCAACAACUCCAACAGCAACCGCAGCAGCAUCAGCAUCAGCAUCAGCAUCAGCAGCAGCAGCAACAACUGCCAUCACAGGGAACCCCAACAGCUACAACUGCCACGGGGCGGAGGUCUCGCCCUCAUGUGACACACAGGGGUACGCCGCUCUCCAUGCUGAUAUCUCAUGGAGUUAGGAUUAGCAAUAAUAGACUAGCUGUGAUAAUCAUAGGAAUAAUUACCUUAAUCUUAGGCAUAGUUUUAUCAUCCAUACCCUGGCUGGAUUAUUUUAUACUAAAGAACUUAAGGCUGUGGAAUGAUACGUUGAGCUAUCAUUAUUGGCAGAGGCCCGGGGUCAUCCGGCUGACCAAGCUGUAUAUCUACAAUGUGACAAAUCCGGACGGAUUCCUCAGCGGCGAGAAGCCCAAGCUGCAGGAGGUCGGACCGUUUGUUUACAGAGAAGACAUGCAGAAGGUGAAUGUGAAGUUUCACGAGAAUAACUACACCGUGUCAUAUCAGCAUAAGAAGAUACUGCAAUUUGUUCCUGAACUGAGUAUUGAUAAGGACACGCCCAUAGUCACGCCCAAUAUUCCAUUACUGACCCUCACGAGCCUUAGUCCCAAGUUGGGUUACCUACUAUCCAAGACCAUAUCGGUGGUAAUAACAGCGGCCAAGUUUAAGCCAUUUAUUAAUGUCACAGCCGAACAGUUGGCCUUUGGCUAUGACGAUGCCCUGGUGAGUUUGGCCCAUAGAUUUUACCCAAAGCACAUGAGACCUAUGGAGAUGGGUCUCCUUCUGGGCCGGAAUGGAACGCUCACGGAGGUGUCCUCCGUCAAGACGGGAAUGGAGAGCAUGGAUCAGUUCGGUUAUAUUGAUUCACUCAACGGAAUGGAUCACCUGCCUCAUUGGGGCGAGGAGCCCUGCACAAGUAUAGCCGGAUCCGAAGGAUCUUUCUUUCCGCCACGAGACCUCACCAAGUCCGAGAUGGUACACAUCUACGAUAAAGAUCUGUGCCGGAUUAUACCUCUGAAGUAUGUGAAGAGCCUAGAGAAGGAUGGCAUUGCUGCGGAUCUGUUCAGGCUGCCCAAUAAUUCGUACGGUGACUCGGCGCACAAUCAGAACAAGUGCUACGACUCGAACGACUACGAGGCAGUGCAGGGUCUCCAGAACAUCAGUCCCUGUCAGUAUGGAGCCCCCGUCUAUAUAUCCAACCCGCAUUUCUUCGAGUCCCAUCCAGAUCUUCUCAACUCCGUGGAGGGUCUGAAGCCAGAGCGGGAAAAGCAUGAAACGUACUUCAAAAUACAACCGAAACUUGGAGUACCGCUGGAGGGCAAAGUGCGCAUACAACUGAACCUUAAGGUGACGCGUGCCAAGGACGUCUAUCCAGUGCGUGAUUUUCGAGACUUUGUCUUUCCGGUCAUGUGGCUGGAGGAGGGCAUCUCGGAGCUGACGCCGGCCAUCAAGCGUUGGAUUUAUUUGGGCACUGUGAUUGCCCCGAAUGCCGUGCCCAUUGGCUCUUACCUGAUGAUCAUCGGCGGUGCCUUUGCCAUUGUUUUCAGCUUGGUACGAACCUAUCAGAACUUUGUGUUUGCCCGUGAUCCCACGCUGGAGAUCCUGGAUGGGAGGCGUUCUUUAAGACGUGGCAGCAGCUUCAUAGCCCACCAGCAGCAUCGCCUGUUGGUGCACCAUCGCGACAGCUACUCCCUGCUGAGGCACGGACCCAUGGCCACCUGCCUGGGCGAGGGUCAGCAGGAGGAGGACGCACAGCCAUAA